AUGGAGGUUGACUAUGAGCCACUCACAGAGGGGGGCUCGACGGACGGUCUGGAACCCCAAUGCAUUUUUUCCAGAAUUGGAUGCCGAAAUGGAGCUGGCUUCCGCCCGCCAGCUCCAUAUCGGCAUCCAAUUCUGGAGAAAAUGCAUUCCCACCAAAAACGAUUCAAGAGGAGCGCCCGGUUGUGCCGUCCUACGCGAGAUGCAGAGGCUGUAGAGGAGUUCCUCAAUUCCCUAGACCUAUACCUCCGCCUUCAAAAUGCCCCAGAACAAUUCCAACUCCUCCUGGCCCCUUCCUUGUUAGAAGGGGACGCACGCCGAUGGUGGCUACACUUAAGCAACGGAUCCACAUUCCCGGAGCACAUCAGGUCCAUGCAGGCCUUCCGGGACGUGCUACGUUGCAGGUUUAUCCCGACGUACGCAAGCGAGCAGGCUAUGGCAGAACUGAGAAAGCUUAAACAGGGAAAACUGUCAAUAGAGCGCUACAUUGAGAAAUACCAGUCCUUGGUGAACCGAAGUCCUAUGGUAGAUGCGGAGCUCCACAACAAUUGGUUUAUAGCGGGGCUGGCCCCCGGAGUGAGGCAAACAGUGACUGGCUGGGCCACGGACAGGGAAAUGAGGGACGGAAAAGUGGAACUCGCCGACAUGAUGGAAUACCUCCGCAGAAUGAAAAAGAAAAACGCCACAUCCACAGCCUUAGCUGAAAAGAAAGAAAGCGGGCCUGGGAACAAUCCCGAUUUGGAACCAAUGGAUAUUGGGGCUGUGAACACCAAGCCACACCACCUAAAAAGCAAGACGGAGACUCUGAACGGCGUACCUGCAUCUUCUGUAGUAAACCGGGUCACGCAUUUCGAGAUUGCAGGCUUAUGA